GGUUAGGUAUGGUUAGUUACGUUAGAUCAGGAACGGAACGGGCAUUUUUAAUGAAUUCGCAUGGAAAGUGAGGUUUUCCGUGAAUCAACGCUGUGGAUAAGUUUGAUAAUAGGAAAAUAUCGGCAUUUGUAAUUAUACUGAGUUUAUCUUUAAUCUAAAUUAUUAUUUAACAUUAUAGAAAAGUAGUAUAUUUACUUAAAAUUUAAAUAUGGCAGUACCUCUAAAUCUCAAUCCAGCUUACGAGGCAAUAGGAAAGGGAUUCGUUCAGCAAUACUAUUUGCUAUUUGAUGACCCUGCCCAAAGGCCGAAUUUGGUAAAUAUGUACAAUGCAGAGACUUCCUUUAUGACAUUUGAAGGUAUGCAGCUUCAAGGAGCUAUGAAAAUAAUGGAAAAGCUAAAUAGCCUAACAUUUCAAAAAAUAAACAGAAUCAUCACAGCCGUGGACUCACAACCAAUGUUUGACGGAGGAGUCCUUAUAAAUGUUUUAGGACGUUUACAGACGGAUGAGGAUCCGCCACACGCGUAUAGUCAGACAUUCGUUCUGAAGCCGAUAGGCACAAGCUUCUACGUCCAACACGAUCUAUUCAGACUGGCGCUGCACGAUUCCCUCUAGCCUCCUGGCUCAACGGCGGACGAUGAUCCCCCUCACCCGUAUUCACAGGUGUUUGUGUUGAAGCCGCUCGGAAACUCGUUCUACUGCCAGCACGACAUAUUUCGCCUGGGGAUCCACGAUUCCGCUUAACAGACUUAACUGUUACAGUGACACUAUUGUUUUUACUCAAUUAUUGCAUUUUUUAAUUAUUGUCAGUGGAAAUAUCUUACUUUGCAUCCAUAUCUCAGCUGUGUCCUUAAAAUUUAUUUUAAUUUUCCUUAAUAAAAAAAAAUCACUGCGAAACGUGUAAAUAAUAGAGUAAGCUGUCUAUUCACUGAAUUUUCCCAUGGUUUAAUACAAUAUUAUUAAUAAAGUCGCUUUAUUACA